GACUAGAAAAAAAAAAGAACAACAACGAAACGAGAUUCGACGACGAACAAAGAAACGAGAAGCUACAUCACGGUUGCGCGAGUGUCGCGAGGGGACCGCGACAACGCGUUCAAUUUCCUACAUGGACUAUUGCAAUGUUUACCUCUUAGCGUGAGUGGAGAGGGAGAUAUAGAGGCUUGGUCGUCGCGUUAAGCCGUAUCGUUAACCAGUCGCACACGGCCGUCGAGGAAGUGCGGUUCUCCUCAACCACGGUCCGUCUUCGCGUGUUUCCGUCGCCAAUCUCGGCGUCGCGCUUUAAUUCCCGUCUCGAAUCUCACCUAGGCCCUGUCCACGCGAGACGAGAGCCUUUCACUUAUUCGAAACCAACGCGCGUAUACUCCGCAUGGAACGUGCAUGGAACGUGCAUGGAACGGAGCAUAUCAAUAUAUAAUCAAUGUUGCAAUCCAGUAUGUAAAUACAGUACGACCCGAGGCGUUUCGAGAUAACGUAAUUAAAUAUAGAACGAUCGACUGGUCCACCAUUUGGCCAGACCAUUCGAAAUUUCACCGUGCGCGCUGGGAGUGAAUCGCGAUCGUAAACGAGCCGUUCGGUCGCGAUCAAACGGCGUAAUUGCGGCCGCAAUAACGCGAGAAAAAAACCAACUCCGCAGUUUCCGCGGAAGACACGAGGCUCUCGUUCACGUAACUCGAUUGUCCGCGGCGGAUACACUCGUUAUUUGCCUGGACGGUUUAAAGAGCGUCGGUGUGCGUCAGCGUGGAUGCGUUCGGACAAGCCCUGACGCGGUUGAAACGAGGAAGAGGAACGACGAGAGGUCGGGAAGCGAAGCGAAGCCGCAGGCUAGAGUUUGGCCACGUGAAGACGAGUAAGCUGAAGAGCCGAAACGAGUGCAGGAAGGAACGUCGCGAGUGAAUGAUAGUGUCCAGAAGCAGAUUCCAAGAUUAAAAGAAUUCUGAAGAAAGGAGAUAUCAGCCACACUCGAGACAACGAGUUCAUCGACGCAGAUAGAAAGAUAUAGUUUGCAGACAUAUUUUCGAACAGACUCUUCAUUCGAAUGACUCUUCGUUCAUUUAUUAAUACGCGAGUGUCCUAUUAGUAUACAAAGGACGUAAAAUUCCAAAGUUGUCCUCGAAGUCCGGGACCCAGUCGACCACCUAAAAAUAUCUUCGAAGAAAGGAACAAACGUCACGGGACAAUGUUGGCAUUCUACGGUCGAGGAGGCGAAACAAACUCACCUAGUCACGACACGGUGUAGCAAUUAGACGCGGACAGGUGGUCGCGUGUGUACAGAGGAAGAAACCGCUUAUCACUUACGUAACGCAGUCGGAGAGGUGAACUAAUGAUCCGCUUAUGCAUCGGCUCGAUGUAUGAGUUCGUGUCAUUUCAUUUCGAACAGAAUUUCGUGCGCGACACGGGGCUUUUUUUCCUCUGCGAUAUUGCUUUUAGUUCGACGUUCUUUCUUUCUGGAAUGUUUGUCUAGAAUUGGAAUUUUGGUAUAUCAGUUGCGAGGGUUGGGUUGUUUGUUAAAAAAUAAAACACUCUUUAUUCAGACCAGAGAGUUAGGAACAGCCAUGUGACUUUCGAGAUAACAGACUGAAUAUCUCGGCGUCAGAGAAAUAUGGAAAAGGGUCUGCUAACUUUCUUUUUUAAAUCAUAAACUAACGGUCCUCUUUCGGCGUUGGUUCAUUUUUGUUGUUAAUCGUUGAGCUCUUAAACUUUGAGUCACCAAGGACCACCAAGGACCCGAAGUGCCCGACACGGUAAAUUUGGAAUCUUAGUAUUAGAGUUACGGUGUCAGCUCCUAUCUAGCAUGUAUGUAUAAGCCAUUCCCGACCAGUCUUCGAACAACGAGGCUACGAGGUCCGGAUAAAAGCAACUUUUAUCGUAGCUCGAAACAUUUUUCUCUGCUUUACAAUCUAAAGAAGUAAUUACAAGGGAACAAGAGCCCCGAUCGAUAUCAAACGCAUGACCAAGGAAUGCUUCGUUUCAGGGCAAAAUUCUGUUCGAAAUAAAACUGCAGGGACUUAUGCAUCACCCCGAGACAUUCUUCGUUACUUUCUUCUGGGAUCGCGAAGAACAUCAUGGACAAAUCUCUGAGCGACUCGAGCUCAUCCAUUUCCAAGGAAGAUCAGAGCGUUCCUCGCAAAGAUACCGACGACUGCUCGAUACUUCCAAAGGACGAACUCGGAACAGAGGAACACUCGGAGGACAGAGAAUCGUCGGGGAACGAUCAGCCCGCAGAGAUCGAAGCUAGAUCCCACGAGCCCCGGGUGGCUCCCAAGACCCCCAGACGUGGCCUGAAGAGACGAGACAGGGUGGGCGACAAUGCUAAACAAACGCUGGACUCGGAGAACACUCGAAGAGUUUCUUCCAAGAAGAAGUCGACCGAGGAGAUCGUCGAGAGCAGGUGGAGGCGAUUUUGGGAGAGCAAUCGGGACAGGUUCAAGCACAAACCCGAGGAAGACGUGGGGAAGUAUCGAGCUGCGGAGGAUGUCGCUGCUGAAGCUGACGCUGUUUUUCGCGAGGCCAUCGAGGCGAUGCGAUUCGACGAGACUUGCGACGAGAGAAGUGAAGAGUCGUCGAAUAGAACCAAGCCAUUCAUCGGCCGAGAAGACCGCGAUGGCUCGGCGGUUCUGGCAGCCGAUCAAGGGGUCUUCGAAAACAGACCCGAAGAGGAGGAGAAAUCGAGCAAUGCGGAAAAAGACGAAAAUACCGCGAAGGUGUCGAUGGUGUCAUCGGAAAGUAAUUUCUUCGUGGUCCUGUCGGCUGAAAAGCACGCGGAGAUCCGUAACGACCCAUCUUCCAGAAGAUGGAGCUCCCUGGAGAACCUGAGGGCCAAGAUGGAGAAGGCGGGAUCGUUCGAGUCGAAGAUCUGUCGGUCGGUGGAGGGCCUGUCGAUCGAGAAGCCAGCAAAGAUCAAAGAGAAGAGGACGAUCGGGUCGCUCAAGUCCUCGUUCGAGAGGAAAAUGGGCUCCGUUGAGAGGAUGCUGGAGGAUCACAUGGGGAGGAUCCUGGAAGAGAACGUCGAGAAGCAUCCGUGGCUGUUGCCUAUCGAGAGUUGGAUCGUCGAUCAUUGCAAGCCCGGCGCGAGUCAAGAAAGACGCGACGAAGAGUCGGCGAAGAGAUCCAGCGAGUCUCCGAGUUUCGAGGUUAGGUUCGCUACGAUAGAGGACGAGCAGAGGGCGGAGGGCAGGGCUGAGAUCCUGAAGAGGGCCAAGAGGUCCGAUUCUCCGAAGCCGGAUAAAUCGGAGAAGAGGAAGCCCGAGCUGCCGUCGAAAGUCGAGGACUCCGGUCCGGCGAAGGUCGAGGUCCCUCCGGAGUCGAAGGACGCCAAGCAUCAGGAUCUGUUUGAUAAGCUCAGGGACAAUGUUAAGGAGAAAAUGGAGGACAUUCAUAGGUACUUCCAACGGACCAAUCGAUUGGCAGACGUAAAUAGACGUCUGAAGUCUCAAAUAUGGAGCUCCGUAGUGACGAUUGUUCUCGUCGAGGCGAAGAAUCUGCUCCCAAUGGAUAUAGACGGGCUGUCGGAUCCCUACGUCAAGUUUCGACUGGGGACAGAGAAGUACAAGUCAAAGGUGGUGCACAAGACCUUGAACCCGAUCUGGUUGGAGCAGUUCGACCUGCACCUGUACGAGGACCCGUACCUGGGCCAGGAGCUGGAGGUGACGGUCUGGGACCGCGACAAGAGCCACCAGGACGACUUGAUGGGUAGAACGGUGAUCGAUUUGGCGACGCUGGAACGGGAGACCACCCAUCGGCUCUGGCGUGACCUCGAGGACGGCUCCGGUAGCAUAUUCCUGUUGUUGACGAUCAGUGGCACCACGGCCAGCGAGACCAUCAGCGACUUGGCCGCUCACGAGGAAACGCCACGCGAGAGAGAGCAAUUGUAUCAGAGGUACGCUGUGUUCAACACGCUGCAGAGGAUACGGGACGUUGGUCACCUGACAGUGAAGGUGUUCAGAGCACAGGGCCUGGCUGCGGCUGAUUUGGGAGGAAAGAGCGACCCCUUCUGCGUCCUCGAGUUGGUGAACGCCAGGUUACAGACUCAGACAGAAUACAAGACGCUCGCUCCAAACUGGCAGAAGAUCUUCACCUUCAACGUGAAGGACAUCAAUUCGGUGCUAGAGGUGACCGUAUACGACGAGGACAGGGACCACAAAGUAGAGUUUCUUGGCAAGGUCGCCAUACCGUUGUUGAGGAUCAGAAACGGAGAGAAGAGGUGGUACGCGUUGAAGGACAAGAAGCUGAGAGGUCGAGCCAAGGGGAACUCGCCCCAAAUCCUCUUGGAGAUGAACGUCGUGUGGAACGUGUUCAGGGCCUGCGUUCGAACGCUAAAUCCCAAAGAGACGAAAUACAUGGAGCCUGAGAUCAAGUUCAAGAGGCAGGUCUUCCUGCGCAACGUCCUCAGACUGAAGGCCAUUAUCAUUAUCUUCAUCGACAUCGGAAAAUACGUUCAGAGCUGCUGGGAAUGGGAGAGUAAAAUGAGAAGCGUCAUCGCGUUGGUUUUUUUUGUUCUGUGCUGUUACUAUUUCGAGCCUUACAUGAUCCCCGGCGCGGCGCUACUUAUUCUGUUGCGAUAUUAUCUGCUUUACGGAGAUGGAAGUGGGCUGAAUCAAUGGAUUUCCGGACAGGUCGCGGCGAUAACUGGCACACCGUUGACGCAUCACACGGGCUCCCAUUUCCACGACGACGGGGACGACGGUCCAACCACGCCGGGGGAUGACGACGACGACGACGACGACAAAGAUAAGGAAGAGAAGAAAAGUCUGAAGGAAAGGUUGCAAGCGAUACAGGAAGUGACCCAGACCGUUCAGAAUUCAAUCGGCUACAUAGCCAGCCUUUGCGAGAGGGUGAAGAAUCUCUUCAAUUUCACUGUCCCCUAUCUCAGUUACUUGGCCAUAAUGCUGGUGAUUCUCGCGGCCGCCGUUCUGUAUUUCAUCCCCGUCAGAUACCUUAUCUUGGCGUGGGGAGUCAAUAAGUUCUUCAGAAAGAUCGUACGGCCUCACUCCGUUCCGAACAACGAGGUUCUCGAUCUUGUGUCUCGAGUGCCCGACGACGAGGAGCUCCUCAAUUACAGGGAGUUGAAACCACUGUCGACGGCAGACUGCGAGAAGAGCGGUCCCUCGGGCAGCCCGGGCCACUCGAACCUGACGAGGAGGGAGCAGAGGAAGAGGCAGAAGGCCGCGUAGCAGAAUGCCCCGCGGCCGGAAGUCGCGGGUCUACGAUCACCGAGCAUCCUGAGGACCGUCCUGCUGCGCCGGAAGCCGCGACAGCGCAAGGGCUCAGCGGAGAAUUCGGAUGUGAUCGACAUGGACUGAGAAACCUACGUUUCCAUUUGUAGAGUUCUAACUAGAGGGGAUGCCUGAAAACUAUAGUUCCCGCUAUCUCUGAUCGAGUACGAACACCCCCUCUGCGUGGUACGCCUUGGAUGUGACUGUUGCACGGUGUACAAGUAUCGAGGGUCGGUCCAGUUCACGAAUAUCAACGCCUCCCAAUCGCGGGAGGACUUCCGCGUUGGUAUCCGGAGCAGAGGUUCCUGGUUAUGCGAAAUUCAGAGAAAUUGUUUCGUGUAACGGUGUCAUCUUAAUGUAGGAACACACUGGGCACUUGCUCGGGGGCUCCAUAAAUUAAGGGGCCCUAUGUCAAUGCAUGAAGUUUCCCAUUGGCCCUGGAAUAUUUUUUUUUAAUCUAUCUUGUUUGAAUAAAAUGAAUCGCAAUGCGCUGAUUCACCAAGUGGUGCCAUAAAUUAAGGGGCCCUAUGUCAGUGCGUGAGAUUCGCUGAAAUUUGCCAUUGGUCCUUGAAUCUUUUUUUUUUUAAUCUGUCAUGUCUGAAUAAAAUGAAUUCCAAUGCAUUACCCAGGAGUCUCAUAAAUUAAGGGGUCCUUUUUUUUUAAUCUGCGACGUCUGAACGAAACAGAUUCAACCAUACUAUUAAGACGGGCUUGCGUAUAACCAGGGAUCGCUGCGCCACUGGUUCUCCACAAAUAUACGAUGUCGAAAUCGCUUAAAAUUGUUAUAAUCGAACGCUACAUAUUUACACCGACGGUUCAAAGAUUACAAUGUGAUAUUCGAAACUGUAAAUUUCGCACGUUCGUUUGACGAUUUCGCCGGGUCAUACCACGCAGAAAUUGUUGCUAGUUUUUUUCUUUUUCUUUUCAUCUAGGUAAUCAUAUCGAAAUACGAUUGUGAAUCAGAUCGGAUUAUUCACAAAAAAUACGCAGCAGUAUGGAGCUGUUGGGCCAACGUCGGCUAAGACGAAUCCGUGUGUGAUAAGGUUGCCGAGAGGGAAGUCGGUCACAGUAUCGCGUGUUUGUUAUCCUGCGUUGGUUUGCGCGAUGAAUCAAUCUAAAACCUCCGUUUCGUUCGUAUUUGUUUGCCCCGCGAACGUUCCGCGACAGAAAUGUAUGUAUCCAUUCUGGGACUCCGAGAAAUCACGGCAGAUUCCCACGAGACGAGUUUACGGAAGAAAUAAACUUACGUCAGCGGCGCCAGAAGAGGAAAUAAACGUGAUUUCUCGGAGCGUUUGACCUCCCUGUCGGCAAGCCAAGCAGCAGAGCUGGGCAACAUUCUAUUCGACUAUCAAUUUACAAAUAAAACCAAAGUGUAGCGGUGCAUUCGAUCGGUAAAAUUUCGAAUGAUCUCGCAGUUGAAAUUGUAAUUUUUACGGAGUAACCUAUAAACAGUCUUCUGUGAUCACUCCAGAUUUUCUCGUGGAUAACUAUUUUGCCCAUCCCUGCCAGGCGAAUCGUGAGAGAAGCGAGUCGACAAAACGUUUCUGAAAGUAUAUCCCGUUCGAACGGGACGAGCGCGUUUCCGACGUAUCGAAACAAACGGGAAACGCGCGUAUCUUUUCUUUUCUUCCUUUUUCUUAUUGCAAUGGAUUAGCUAACAAUAAUCGACGGAGAAGAGGCAACAUAGAUUAUGUAACAAACGCGAGAAUAAUUCCCGCCUAGGGUUAUCCUCGUCGAUCCGUUUCGUCCAUCGGUGUCGUAGAUAUAGCUGCUGAAGAAACAAAAUGAAAAACAAAGAAAUCGUUACCAGUGGGUAAGAGAUAUAAAGGGAUAAAGAAGUUAAAAUGAAAAAGACAAAUAGCGUUGUUUCGGGCGACAGUCUCGCGAAUUCGCUUAGCGAGCUGUUUCCGUUUCAGGGGCGACGGGUAAACGAAUAAAACGUCUCGCGCGUAUGGGAACCAUAGACGGCCAACAUUUGUUCACUUUCUACGUUCACUCGAUCAGCCAGUUGUUAGCUUUCGUUUCAUUCAUGGAAUCGCAAUUUUUGCGAAACUAAUCUUUUACUCGUCGUUCGGAAAUCUCGUCUAGAUAAAUAUUUGUCCAUCUGUGGUUCGAUUUACGAUGGUUAUUCGUCGUUCGUGAAACGAAAUGUUAGUCUUACCGUCGGGGAACGUCCCGAUGUUAUUCUCUUUAAUAGUGUUUAAUAAUUAUCGAAUUCUUCGUUCCAACGCACACGUUCACGCGUUAGGCGAUCUCCUCGAGCAUGGCGACACAGAAUGCGGAUGAAGCGAGUGUCUUCGUUUAUGAAACAUUUAAUAACCAUUUGGGGGUCGCGUUCGAGUCACCGACAACGAGGGUGUCGAUUGUCUUUCCAGUCUGUCAAAAGAUUGUCGGUGAUUUCAACGUGAUCUGUUAUCGUUACACAGGACGGACCACGUGAUAUGUUCAAUUCUAUUGUACUUAUCGUUAGUAGAUUGUAAAUUCUUUGUAUACAGCUCUACAGGGUGCUCCAUAAUUAGUGUAAGAGCCGGAAAUGGGGUGUAUCGUUUAUUAAUGAAAAACAGUCGACCAAUCACAGCUAUGCUCUCGCGGCUGAGCGCGCGCUACUCGGGCGCUGCGAUUGGUCGGCGGUUUUUCGUUAAUAAUUCAAGAACAAAGCAUCGUAUUAGCAUUUUUGCAAAGGAAAUUGUCGUUCAGAAUCAUCUCAGCUACCCUCAGACACCCUGUAUAAUCUUCUUUGCCUGUCAUUUAGCAAACAGUGACCUUCGAAUGAACCUGAACAUAACGAUCGCAGAACAGACAAGAACCAUGUAGCUACCGUACACGUCCGUACGAAAAAUGUCGAGCUUUCCAGUGACAACAAAAACAAUGAAAUCGAACGAAUUACGUGGACCGUAUCCGCAUAGUCCAGAGUACAAUGAAGCGUUUUCAGAAUAAUAAGGAACAUAUCAAACCAUCUUCCCCCUAAAAAGAUUAAUAAUGUUACGAAUUCGUCGUAGAACUUUCUCGGAUAAUACGUUGUGUAGCCAUCGUUGAAAAUUAAAGAAGAAAUCGCCGAAGAAACG